AACAAGGUUACAAAUCUACAAUCUCUUUUUGUUUCAUUGAAGAUUUUCCUACUUUCUUUUCCUAAUUUUUUUCUUUCUAUACUACGAUGCAUCCAUAUGUGCCAAUGCACAAGAUGUAUCACAUACCUAGCUCUAUAGGAAAAUGAUGUUACAACUUUUUCGAAGUUAUGUGAAACUAAUUUUAAAAAUAUUUUUAGGGUAAGAAAGGGUUAGUGCACCGAAAUAAGAGAGAAUAAUUACGGGAGUAUUUUCCACUAAACUUGUGAAACUAAUCAUUAAGUAACCUCCCGUGAAAAAAAAUAAAAUAAAAAAAAAACUAUUAAGUAACUUAUGCCAAACUUUGAUUUGUUACAUAAUUUUUUAUAGCCUUUUAUGUUAUACUAGUAAAUGAGUGGCACGUGCACCGGGUGCAUGCAAAAGGGAUUGUAGAUGCACGGUUGUUCAAUUGUCAUUUAAAACGAAUUUUUUGUAAGGUCACACGUAAAAUUAUACGAAGUAUUGAACAUUUUUUUUAUAGCCACAUAUAAAAUGAAUUUUAGAAAGUUGGUUUAUAUUUUAUGUAAAGCAAAUGUAAUAAUUGAGAUAAAAUCUUUUCUUAAAGUAAUAAUUUUCUCAAAGCAACGAUUAUUGGAGGUUUUUUUUUAGCAAGUGUUAUUGGAGGGAAAAUUUUUAAAACAAUGUUGCCAAGUGUCUUUAUGGUUUCGUCUUUAGUAAUAUGUAAUAGAUAGAUGAAUAAAGCAUAUUUGACAAUUGAAGUGGCCAACAUCAGCCUCUCCUACAUUUGGCUUUUAUAAUAGAGAUAUAUGUAAUAUAUUCACCCCUUAGCUUCCUCAUAUACUGAAAUAUUAUUUAUUUAGGAAUUGAGGGAAUAAGUUUGAUAUCUUUAUAAACCCUAUAAAUAGAACUCACUACUAUACCAACUGUAGAACACAAGUGAACAAUAAAAAUAAAAAAUAAAAAAAAAAACAAAAAAGUGUAGGUACAAAUUUUGUUAAAUUGCCUAUAAACGUACAUAUAUAAUACAACUCUAUGCGACUAUGCCUAGUGGAAGAGAUUCACUUGUUGUAGGACAAGUGAUUGGGGAUGUUUUGGAUCCCUUUACAAGGUCGGUAACUCUCAGAGUUGUCUAUGACAAUAGAGAAGUCAUAAAUGCUAGUGAAUUUAGACCUUCUCAAGUUGUCAAUCCACCAAUGAUUGAAAUUCAGGGUAAUGAUCCUAUGUCAUUCUAUACUUUGGUUAUGGUGGAUCCUGAUGCUCCAAGCCCCGGCAAUCCAUCCGAAAGAGAAUACUUGCAUUGGGCAAGAAAUCGUGGCAUACGAAAAUCCAAGGCCGUCGUUAGGCAUACAUCGACUUGUAUUUGCUGUAUUUUGUCACUCAGGGAGUCAAAUAAUCGGUGCACCAGGGUGGCGUCCGAAUUUCUUUACUAGAGAAUUUGCUGAAGUUUACAAUCUUGGCUCGCCUGUGGCUGCAACAUACUUCACUUGUCAAAGAGAAGGCGGUUACAGAGGAAGGAGGCGAAGCUAGGCUUGCCUGGAUUUAUGAUGCCUUAAAAACUUCUUUUUAUUGGAGCAUCAUGCAUUUUAUCAUUAUGUUCAACAACAAAACCAUCAUGUUGGCUAUUCUAGUUAGAUUGGUUGGCUUAAGUUCUCAAACGAGGUUUUACCAGAACAGGUGAGAAGUGUAAGCACCAUGAGGUGUGAUAAACUGAUAACCCUAUCGAUAUGAAUAAUA